CACGCCAGGUUGAGAGGGGUGCGGGUACUAAAAGGAACACUCAUUCGCCACCACUUGGCGUCGCUGGUUGGCCUGUAACCUGCUCCUUCAUCCAAGUACAUAUAACACAUAUUUUCGCAGUCGGUUUUGCUGAGGACAACAAAUUAUUUCAACUUCCAGUUCCCUUACAAGGUAACAAAAUUUGCCGGGGUAGAUGAGUUGGACGAAUAACCUGAGUGGAAUGGCGCUCAUGGUUGCACUUUGCGUGUCAACUGCCAUGUCCGGACCGGUAGCGCCUCCAGCAGCGGAUGUCAAUAAAUUUGAGAAUGGGAAGACACUGCUUAUGCACGCUGCUAUAGCCAAUAACGUCGCACGUGUCAAGAGCUUGAUCAACGCUGGAGCUGAUCUCGAUCUGACGCGAUCUGGGUGGACGGCACUUAUGUCCGCCUCUUUUGAUGGUUACACGGAAGUGGCAGUGGAACUGAUUAAAGCUGGUGCUGGCUUGAACAUCAGGACUAAGAUUGGUGACACGGCGCUUAUGUUCGCCUCUGAAUAUGGCCGCGAGGAAAUUGUAGCAGAACUAAUCAAAGCUGGUGCUGACGUGAACAUUAAGGAUGAAGGUGGCCGUACGGCAUUAUAUGAAGCCUCCUGGAAUGGCCACAAUAGAGUCGCAGCAGAACUGAUUAAAGCGGGUGCUGAAGUAAACAUCCAAAAUAAGUACGGCUGGACGGCACUAUCCUCUGCCUCCCUGAAUGGUCACAAGGAAGUCGUCUUGGAACUUAUUCAGGCUGGGGCUAACGUGGACAUCAAAAAUAAGUUUGGUAAGACAGCACUAACGUUCACCAUCGAGAAUGGUCAUCCCGGUGGUUACAAGGAAAUUGCAGCGGAACUGAUUAAAGCUGGUGCUGACGUGAAAAGCAAAGAUAAGCAUGGAAAGACUGCCAUUGAUUAUGCUGAGGAAUGGGGAUACAAAGAAAUAUCGACGAUGCUGAUGAGUGCUACCGCGAUGUGAUGAGAAGAACACGCCACCCGAUCAGCCGUAGUGAUGAGCGGUGACAUUACCUUGUAGCGAAAAGAUGACAAAUACAGUGUUUUAAUCCCAA